UUCAUAUUUAAUGCUAAUUCGAAUGAACAGUUCAGUUUCCAUUGUUUUCCUCUUCGGUCUUCACUCUUAACACUGUGAAGCUUCCCGUGUGGCCGCGUUCAUUUUCUUUCGAUCAAAACGCUACAUUUUCUCGCAUCUCUAUUCUCAUCACAGUAACCGAACGAAUUCUCUCUUGCUGUCGAUCGUCACUCUCACUCUGUUACGCAAAUUGCAAAUCUCUGCUUUCUCACAGAAUUUUUGCCAGCCUCAAGCAAUGGCAGAAAAGAACAAGGAAUCAUCAUCUGCAGAUUCAAAAGAUAAAGGUUCAUUGCUAGAUGAAGACAUUGGAAAGGAAUUUCUUAGUUCAUGGAAAACCAUGUCAAUGGCAGAUGAUGAUACAAUGGAUUUUGGCUUUGACUCUAUUCCUAAAGGGAAGAAAAAGACAUUUGACUUUGAGAAACUGGACAUGAAUUUUAAUUUGGACGGUGAUUUCAAAAACAUAUCAUCAUUUAAGAUGGACAUGUCUGACCUUGAUUUUGCAUGCACACCCAAAAAGUCUUCCCAGUCUAAGGACAAAAAAGGAGAAUCUUCUGGUGGUGGAAAAGCAGGAAAACAAGAUGCAUUUAAUUUCAGCUUUGAUUUUAAUGAGUUGGAUAACUUCAAUCUUGAUCCAAGCUUAAUAAAAAGAGAUGCUUCUUCCAACAAGAACCUUAGGGAAAAAGUAAUUACAGCAGAAGAAAGUGACAAUGCAGGUGCUAAAAUGCCUAAAGCUAGUAAUGAUGAAAAUGCUCAUGCAUCUACUGAUAGCAUAGCUAUAAAACCACAGGCAUCAGAGAGACUGGAAAAAUUGAAAAUUGAGACUUCAGUUGGUAACCUAGGGAAUCUAGAUUCUGGACUAGGUAGUUCUACUUCCAAAUUGUCAUCCUUGGGUUCCAUGGACGUUUCAAUUGUGAACCAAGCUUCAGAUAUAAAUAAAAUUGCAGAGACAGAAGAAAUGAACAAAGAAAAAUACUUGUGUGAGAUGACAAAGUCGACAGAAUCAAUGCCUGUACAAGUUACCAUUAAAGAGUCUUACCAGUUAGUAGGUCAGAGUGAUCCAGAGAAAGACAUUAUCCCAGAAGAGGUUAAUGUUUCAGGUGAAAAACCAAAGGUUAAUGAUGAGGCAAUAUAUAUGGAUUCUGAUGGAGUUGACCUACAUUUAGAGCAUUCAUCCCUGAUGCACAGCACUGGGUCAGAUAAUACUGUUGGAGAAAAUCUAGGUAGCAGUACCCAAGGUGUAACAAAUGACCCUCAACCUGAAAAGAGUGAUAAAAGCCUUGAAGAUACUGCUAAAAGUGAUGCCCCAAUGGAGACUUCAUGUGACAAUGACAUCAUAGAAAAGCAAAAUUCAAGUUUGGAGUGUCAGUUGGCUCCAACAAGCAGUAAAUCCCUAGAUUAUAAAACCAAGCUGAUGAAAGACAAAGAACUCCAAGGCACACAGUCAAAUAUAAUCAGCCGGCCAGAGGAUAAAAGCUCCAUAAAACAUCAUGCAUCAACAGCUGGGGCAAAGAGUAUUACUUUUGGCUGCCAAAGAAAUGGUGAUAUGAACCUGAGAUCCAUAACUCAGGCACGAUCAAAUAGCACGAGCUCUGGUAGCAAAUUGGCAAUUGAUUUACUUCCGGCUUCCAGCAAACUAAUGAGACCAUUGCUUGAUAGCAAAGAUGGUCUUAAAAGUGGUUGCAAUAUGAGGGAGGGAACAUCGUCUGUUACGCCAAGUGCAGGCAGGUUAACUGGAAAUGAGCAGUUAUUUCACCAAGAAGUAAAUAAAAGCAAGGCUAUAUUUCCAGGAACUAGAACGUCGGCUAAGGAUGUUAGUAUAUUGAAUUCUCAACUUAACCCUUCCUGCUUAGCUGAGAAGACAACUAGAAAUGCUACACAGAUGUCUGUAAAUUCUCAAGCUGAAGUGUCAGCCAAGGAAUCUUCUCAAAAAUCAAGGAUGAGUUCCAUAGAUGGAAGUAAACUUGCUUCUGUUAAAGCUUGCAAGAUAACUCCACCUCUCUCUAGCUUGAAAUCUUUAAGGAACAUUGAAGCUAGCAGGGUGCUACCAGCUAACAUACACCAAAAAGAAGCGAACUCCAAAGUAAGCUCUGAACAAAGUUUGGAGAUUCAGGGCACUAAAGCAUCAAAAGAUCACCAUCUUACUGAUAGCGGUGGCAAUCAAAAGCCUUUGACACCACUCUUGAAGAGGAAAACUAUUGAGGGUCUAGAAGCAGGUAUGACCUCGUUGAGGUCCUUAAAGCGCCUCUCUCAGUCUCCUAGCAGAAACUCCAAGGAAUCCUUGGAAGAAGUUAUUGAGCAGGUACAGAGUAAGCCGGCCAAUUUAAUCUGUCAGCACCCAAGCUUUGGACUUGAAAGUUCAUCAGAGAUUAAAGUGAAAGAAAUCGAAGUAACUGAUUCUAUACUCAUGGAAAAUAACAGCAAUGUUGGAAAGGCAGAAGCAUGUAUGAAGGAACUUGAAGAUGUUUGUAACAUGCUGAGAAAGAAGCACGAGGAAGCAAAAGAAUUAUUAGUUAGAGCCAUUGUGAACGAUAAUAACUUGCUGAUGCUUAAUCAUCCCAUUUAUGAAGAAGAAAUUCGGAAGGUUCAGCAAUUUGCUUCCCAAUUGAUGUCCAAGGGGAUUCAAACAUGAUCAGCAGCAAAAUGUUGCAUUUGGAGGUCAGUAUUCACACGAAUCUACAAAAGUUUCUUGGUUGCUGUGAAUUUUCUUCUUCAAUAUAACACUUGUUAGAUUAUUAGUCAUCAUUUGAAUUUAGGGACCGAAUAUCUGGACUAAUUUUGGCCAUUCCAUAGAAAGAAAUUUUAAAACAUUUGCGAUUUUGUGGGUUGUGUAACAUGUGAUUAGACAUAACUUUGGUCCGUUUGAGAUUUUGAACAUUUAAAAGAGGAAAAGUCUAGGGGGCCAGCAGUUUUGUUGAAUUUUGGCCAGCAUGUAACCAGCAGAGAAAUGUGAGUCAUUGGAUGAAAUCUCACAUCAAUCACACACCAUUAGAUCAUCAUUGAUGGCUAUUUGAUGGCUACCAAUCACAAAAGUUGCUGGCCCCUAGCAUUGCUCUUUAAAAGAAGACGAUUGCUGAGCAUGCCUCAAGUCCAUUGUGGCCCUAAAUUGUCAUCUCGAAAGAUUCCUCUGUCAGAUUUUGACAUUUUGUCUCGAGAAUUAAUGAUGAAGUAGAAUUAACUAUUCUACGUACAAAGCUAAAAUGUGGGCUCCAUUGCAAAAAUGAAGGGUGAAAUAUAACAUUAUCGACGUUAAUCUACAAUAUUUCUCUCUUAGCGUAGCAUUGAAGCAGGGAUCUGAGUUCUUAGGAUAAAAUAGAAAACAGUUAGGGAUUAUAAGAUAAUUUGUUUAAGAAAAAGAAUAUUCCAAACUACCGAGUUCUGAGAAACAUAGCAAGGCUUCCUACAUAAUUGACCCAAUUCAGUGGCCAAUUUAUUACCAAACUAGCUUUUACCUUUAUAACUGUUAUGAAUAUUAACGAUUUGACCAAGGUUUCCUACCCAACAGUUUAUCCAGUCUCUACGUUUAAUCCUCCGUUCUAAAUAACGAAGAAAGCAAGGAUUCAUGUUAGCUCCACGAAUCCACAAUAAAUUUGCUGUAUCCACCACCUCGACAAUAGCUUUUGUCGCCUUUCUCUUUCUUUUCCACAUACGACAUAGAUACACAAUCAUAAGGCAACAAAUUGGCACUAAUGAGUUGAAGUUUUCUAGUUGACAUUCGAUCGAAUACAACAAUCUAACCUUUACGUAUAAGACUCCAGGAUACAUCUUUUCAGCCAUAUAUCCAAUUAGCUUUCCGCAUGGUUUGUAUUUAACCUACAAGACAACAAAGGCUUUUGACGAUUACUGGAAGUGCUCAUAAAGAAACAAAAACGAAUCGCACGACACACUCGGACAAUUUUUUGUUGACCUUGCACUUCCCACAUGGAUUCCUAUAAAAUACUGGCAGUAUCUACGCCCCGAACCUCUAUAUAUAUGCUUCCAUCUAUACUUGGAACAUAGUAAAAACGUCAACAAUCUCUUGAAAUCUUGAAGGUGUGGAGAAUGGCGAGAUCUGGUUUCUGUUUCUGUUUCUGCAUCUUGCUCCUAUUGCUUUCGUUCACCAUGUCUGAGGCUCGGCCUCUAAGAAUUCAUAGUCCCUUUUCAUCUCACAUCCCUGUCUUCCUCAACAGUGUCAAUAAAGAUGGUACCAUAUUGCAUGAAAGUUCUAAGGUAUCUUCAAAGGUUGAGUUAAGAGCUACGAAUGCAACGGGAAGCCAGUACUACCAUCCCCGUAGAGUGAGUCCAGGGGGGCCAGACGCACACCACCACUUGAAAACAGUUGGCAUCGGAGGAAGAGAGCGGAAGUUGCUCAACUUUGUGUACUAAGUUUAGUUUCGUAGCGUCAUGACUCAUUAGGCGAUUUAUAACUUGAAAAAUAAAGACCUGGCUCUGUUCAGGGUGGCGUGAGAUGCCUUUGGAAGCAGUCAAAUCAUCAAUAAUAAAAUUGUUAAAAAGACAGAAUUUUUGGUAGGAAUCAUAAUCCAAAAUCAGUGAAUUUGGAUGAGAAAAAAAUGUCUUACUUUUUAU